AUGACAGGUGUGUCUGAAAAAACUAUUUCAAGAAUAACACAAGAAGGAAAAACAGCUUCAAGGACUUCAAAAAAAAUUGUCACACCUGGGAAAAUUACGAGCCGCGAUGCCCAGAAAAAAGCUGACUUCGGAACCUGGUAUGCGAAAAUAUGGUGUGAGAUCAAACUACCCACCCAGAAAAGUUCCAAGAAUGUCUUGGAAAAAAUCAAAACUGGAGAACUAAGUGCGUAUGGUGCUAGUAAAUACUUUAGAAUUCCCAUUAAUACAAUAAAAACCAAAAUUAAAAAUAAACACAUGGAGAAGGUAGGCAGGCCCACAGCUUUAACUAAGGAAGAAGAAAUAAUCGUAAAGGAGCAUGUCAAAGCAUUGGCGGAUAGUGGCAUCCUAGUAGGACAAGACGAUGUUAGUCUUGUCAUCCAACGAUAUUUGAACUCCACUAACAGAAAAGUCAAGGUUUUUACUAACAAUCGACCUGGAUGGGAAUGGAGUCAGCUGUUCCUUGGUAGACACCAAGAUCUUAAGCUUGCGUUUGGCCACAACAUUAGUCGUGGUAGGGCUCAGGUAGAUGAGGCAAAGAUUAAACAAUUUUUCGAUAAUCUAGAAGUCGAGUUACAGGAUGUUUCACCUGAAAAUAUAUAUAACUUCGAUGAAACUGGCUUUCAUGACGACCCGAAAAAGAAAAAGAUGAUUUUCAAACGCAAAUGCCGUAAUCCGGAAGUUAUCCGUAACUCAACAAAAUCGUGCUAUACAACUGUAUUUUGUGGGAAUGCUGCUGGCGAAAUGAUCCCUCCAUAUUUUAUAUAUAAAGCUAAAAACAUUUGGUCUGAUUGGCUUAUUGGAGCACCACCUGGAUCACGAAUGAGUGUCACAAAGAGCGGUUGGAUAGAUUUAGAAAGUUUCGAAGAUUGGUUCAGCACACAUUUUCUCCCCAUAUCAUUAAAGAAAGAAGGCAAGAAAAUUCUCUGCGAUAACUUAAGUUCACAAUCGUGGCAAGUGAAGUGCAAUGGUGGCGCUGCUGUUGCCUAUGGGGAGCGCGCGGGUGACGCGUGCGUCACCGUACACCCUACUGGAGCACUAGCGGAAGAGCCCGGUGUGGGUGAGAGGACUUAA